AUGGAGAGUGCCUUUGCGAGCGCGUCGGCUAUCAGCGACCAGCGGCAGAAGAUAGAACACUACAAGCACAUUCUCGCCACCGUCCUCUCCUCAAACGAUGUCGUUCGAGCCAAGCAGUUCAUCGACCACAUGCUAUCGGACGACGUGCCGCUUGUGGUGUCGAGACAGCUUCUGCACACGUUCGCUCAGGACCUGGGGAGGUUGGAGCCGGAGUUUCAGAAGGAAAUUUCGCAUUAUACUCUCACUCAGAUCCAACCUCGUGUGGUUUCAUUCGAGGAACAGGUGCUGAUAAUUAGAGAAAAACUUGCUGAGUUAUAUGAAUCUGAGCAAGAGUGGUCAAAAGCUGCACAGAUGCUCAGCGGCAUCGAUCUUGAUUCAGGAAUGAGAGUGAUUGAUGAUACCUUCAGGCUCUCAAAAUGUGUACAGAUUGCUCGUCUUUACCUCGAGGAUGAUGAUGCGGUCAAUGCAGAAGCUUUUAUAAACAAAGCUUCAUUUUUGGUGAGCAACAGUCAGCAUGAAGUUUUAAACUUGCAAUACAAGGUUUGCUAUGCAAGGAUACUUGAUUUGAAGAGGAAAUUCUUAGAAGCUGCUCUUCGGUAUUAUGAUAUUUCCCAAAUUGAGAAGCGGAAGAUCGGAGAUGAAGAGAUUGAUGAAGAAGCUUUGGAGCAAGCUCUAGCUGCUGCUAUUACCUGCACAAUUUUGGCUGCUGCAGGACCCCGGCGUUCUCGUGUGCUUGCUACCCUGUACAAGGAUGAACGAUGCUCAAAGCUGAAGAUUUACCCAAUCCUGCAGAAGGUUUAUUUGGAGAGAAUUUUGAGAAAACCAGAAAUUGAUGCUUUCGCUGAAGAGUUGAAGCCACAUCAGAAAGCACUUUUGCCCGACAAUUUUACUGUUCUUGAUCGUGCUAUGAUCGAGCACAAUCUACUGAGUGCUAGCAAACUCUACACAAAUAUUAGCUUUGAAGAGUUGGGCACAUUGCUGGGAAUCGCUCCGCAAAAGGCCGAGAAAAUAGCUUCAAAAAUGAUAUGUGAAGAUAGGAUGAGGGGAUCUAUUGAUCAGGUUGAAGCUGUUAUACAUUUUGAGGAUGACACCGAGGAAAUGCAGCAAUGGGAUCAACAGAUAUUUGGGCUGUGUCAGGCUCUUAAUGAAAUUCUUGAUAGCAUGGCCAAGAAGGGCUUACCAAUUCCUGUCUAG